AUGACCGAAGCCCCACACAGCCCGCUGUCGUCAUUAUCCGGACUGUGUGUCGCCCGUCUCGCUGCUGGUGCUCCUCAGCGCGCGUUGCUCAGCAUUCUACGUCGUUUACCGGAAGAACUGGUACUGAAGCUGCUGGCCGAUAUGAUCGCGUCCAAGACGCUAACGGACGACCGCCUGGCCGCUUUUUUCAUGAUCUCACGUCGCGUGCUCAACCUGUCGGGCUGUUGCUCGAUCCGGAACUCCAUUUUACGUCAAAUUCCCUUCCGCUGUCCGGAUCUGCGCUGCUUGGAUCUGUCUAAUUGCCCUCAAGUGACCAACACGGUGAUUCGCGCCGUGUUGCAGGGAUGCUCCAGUUUACAGACGCUCCAGCUCGCUGGAUGUCGCCACAUUACCGACGCUGCAUUUCAGCCGGACCACUCGCCCUUUUACGCGCUGCACGCGUGUACGUCGCUGAAAGUCGUGAGCUUCGCGCGCUGCUCCCAGCUGACGAAGGAUCUCGUGCUCUUCUUGAUUAAAGCUUGUCGGUCACUGACUGACAUUGACUUUUCGCACUGCAAGCACAUUCGUGACGAUGCAAUUCACCUGUUGCUUCGCUCCGCGACUGACCUGCAACGACUGAACUUAUCGUUUAUGGACAUCUCGGAUAGUGCAUUCACGACAGAGCCGUCGGACCAGCGCAAUGGAUUUAACGCCAUGGGCCGAGCUUUAAGUGCCAUUGACCUCACCCGAAGCAACAUCACUGAUGCCACGCUGUUUGCACUGGCCAAGCACUGCCCGCUCCUUGAUGACGUCAAGCUCAGCAGCUGCAGCAGAAUUACGGACGUGGGCAUCGAAGCGCUUGUGCGCUCAUGCAGACGUUUACGCAAGUUGGACUUGACGAAUUGUGCGCUGAUUACUGAUCGUGGCGCUGGCAUGCUUGGAGUUUAUGGCCAGCGAUUGGAAUAUCUAAACCUCUCGUGGUGCAUGAACAUCACUGACAAGAGCGUCGUGGAUAUCGCUCGUGGCUGUGAACAGCUCGAGGAAGUGCAGCUGAUGUGGUGUACGCAGCUCACGGAUGCUUCAAUCGACGCGUUCCUUCCCGAAGCGAUGUCAACAUCAGAAAGGGUGACGGGAGGGAUACGGUUGAAGCUUCAUCUCUGCGGGUGCAAAUGGAUUAGUGCUGCGUGUACAGAAAAUGCUCGCAAGCACGGACUGGAGAUCGUCACAGCAUCCUGA